AUGGAUCGCAGCCUCUCUUUGGAGCUUCUCCAGUCAUGCAAAAGCCUGUCGAUCGCAAGGAGAAUCGAUGCAAGCAUCCGGGAAUCUCUUCGUCCGGACGACACCUUCUUACUCAACAAGCUCGUGGAGAUGUACGGAAGGUCUGGGAGCGUGAGCGACGCUGUACGGGCUUUCGAGUCCGUGAAUCCAAAGAACACAUUCACCUGGGUGACUAUGAUCUCGGUAUAUUCCCGCAAUGGGAAUCUAGCGGAUGCCAAGUGCCUGUUUGAUUCCAUGCCGGAAGAGCAUCGAGGGAUUCUCUCCUGGAAUGCGAUGCUUUCGGCAUAUGCCAAGGACGGGAAUCACGUCAAGGCCAGAGAGAUGUUUGACAGGAUGCCGGAGUGGGAUCUGGUCUCGCAAACUUCCAUGCUAACGGCAUAUGCCCAAUGCGGGCAUAUUGACAAGGCAAAGGACCUCUUUGAGAAUAUGCUCUUCAAGAACCAGGUGGCGUGGUGCGCCAUGUUGACUACGUGCCUCCGUGCAAGUGAUUAUAAAGUAGCAGAAUAUAUUUUUGAGAAUAUGCCAAGGUGGGAUUCGGUCUGUUGCACGGCAAUGCUGACGGCAUAUGCCCAAACAGGGCAUAUGUGCGAAUCUUUACGAGUGUUUAACGGGAUGCUCGAGAGGGAUUUGGUGACGUGGAAUGUGCUGCUGACGUCGUAUGCCCACGUAGGAAACGUGGAAGCGUCGGAGCAUCUCUUCUAUCACAUUCCGCAGAGGAGCCAAGUGACGUGGAAUUCUAUGCUAGCAGCAUAUGCCUGCUCUGGGCACUUGGAGGAGGCCAAGAGAGUCUUUGAAAGCAUGCCAGAGUGGGAGCUAAUGACGUGGAAUUCUAUGCUGGCGGCGUUGCUCCGUGGAGGUCUUUCCACACAAGCGUGGAGGCUUUUUAGAAGCAUGCCUCAACGAAACCAAGUUUCUUGGAACACAAUGCUGGCUGCCGAGGCCCAGAAGCUAGAUCACUUGGAAGAAUGUCGAGCUCUCUUCAAUUCCAUGCCAGAGCACGACACAAUCUCUUGGAACUCCGUGUUGUCAGCGUGUGUUUUAAACGGGUGUUUAGAGCUUGUCAAGAGUCUCUUUGCAAACAUGCCAUGUAGAGAUCAAAUGUCAUGGAACAUAGUUUUAGAGGCAGUUUCUCAAAGCGGGAAAUUGAGUGAAUUAGAGACAUUUUUUAGUAAUAUGCAGCAGUGGGAUAGUGUGUCAUGGAACACACGGCUUGCAGCAAACGCCAUAAGUGGGCAUCCUGAGGAAACAAAGAGCAUAUUUGACAACAUGCCUUGUCAAGACCAAAUUUCUUGGAACAGCCUCUUGACUGCCUAUGCCAAGUUUGGAGACAUUGAAAGUGCGGAGAAAGUUUUCGUUAAACUUAUAAAGGAACGGGAUGUUAUCUCUUGUAACAUUAUGAUCUAUGCAUAUGCUCAAAAUGGUUUGUUUGAGAAAGCUAAGCAGAUAAAUCGAUGUAUGCUCCAAGGGAAUCAGAUUUCUUUUAACUCUAUUAUUUCUGUGUAUGCUUUGGAAUGCGAUGUUGAUGGAGCAAGGAGUGUUUUUGAUAUGAUGCCCGAAAAGGACCUGGUAUCCUGGACAGCCAUGCUUGUCGCAUAUGCCCACAAUGGGCAUGUGGAGGAAGCCGAGAGGAUAUUUUGGAAUAUGAAUACCCAGCGGAACCAGGUUGUGUGGAAUGCCUUUCUAUCAGCAUACGCUCAGAAUGGUCAAGUCUCGAAAGCAAAGAAAGUAUUUGACACAAUGCCAACCCAAAACAUGGUUUCUUGGUCAGCAAUUCUGAGUGCUUAUGCCUGUAGUGCUAGAUUCAGGGAAACAUUCCAUGUAUUUGAGAUGUUUCCACUGUAUUACAAUGCAGAUUGUACAUGCUUUGUGCCUGCUCUUGUUGCUUGCAAUCAUGUUGCUUCCUUAGAGAGAGUAAGAUGCUAUUUCUUGUCUAUGUGUGUUGAUUAUGGGCUGGUUCCAACUAAGCAACACUUUUGCUGUGUGAUUUAUACCUUGGGGAGAACAGGCCACAUCAGAGCUGCUGAAGAACUUCUUGAGACCAUGCCAUAUACACCAGACAGUGUUGAUUUCAAGUGUUUUAUCUCUUCAUGUGUAUAUUAUCAAAAGAAACAAGGAAACUUUUGUAACAUUAAGCUCAUGGAUGCACCAAGCUAUAUCUUGGCAUCAAAGAGCUCAUGUCUUUCCAAUUCGAUGGUAGACAUCGAAACUUUUAUCUGAUUAGAGGAGAUUGACAUUGACUUUGUGAAUCCUCAAACUGAGCUCACCCCUGUUUUCAGCCCGGCGGAGCUCGCUUACUUCCUGCUGCUCCAAGUCCACACCCGGCCUCAGCAUACGAAAGAUGGCGUAGCUUUUCCGGCAUUUGCCGCUUGGGCUGCCAGCACUCUUUGUCCCGUUUGGAAUGUGGAAUGGAGACAUUCAUGCUGGUGGAAUAAGCGGCGCCGCUGUCCAUUAAGUUUAAUCAUGGUGACCUCUUGCUUGUCAAGGAGUAAGUCUCACCAGCAAUUGGAUCCUCAUCUUGGUUUUCCAAUACUAGUGUAGCGAUCGCAACCCUCUUCCCAACGUCCCACUCGCUGGCAAGCUCAUGCUGCAAGAGAGAAUCUAUGGAUUGAGUUUCCAUUUUUGCGGUGUACGCAGAGAGUAGUGCGUUCAAUGAGACUUGAUCUUGCUCGGGCAAGGAAUCAACAAUUAGCUUGGCCUCUUCCACAUGCCCUUUUUGGGCAUGUCAAACAUAUUCCAGGUUUCCCCGCAGAGAAAAUGCGGCAAUCAUGGCCGU